ACCUGUGCUGGCGAUCGUGGAGGUGGAAGUUCAAGAAGUCGAUGUGGGUGCUCGGGAGACGGUGUUUCGGGAGGUGUCUUCUUUCCAGGGCCCCCGGGAUGCCACCGUCGUGGUCAACCUUCAGUCACCGACCUUAGAAGAGAAAAACGAGUUUCCUGAAGAUGUGCGCACAGAACUCAUGCAGACCCUGGGCAAUUAUGGGACCAUCGUUCUUGUCAGGAUCAACCAAGGGCAGAUGCUGGUGACUUUUGCAGACAGUCACUCGGCUCUCAGCGUCCUGGAUGUGGACGGCAUGAAGGUGAAAGGCAGAGCCGUGAAGAUCAGACCAAAGACCAAGGACUGGCUGAAAGGUUUGCAAGAGGAGAUCAUCCGAAAGCGGGAUAGCAUGGCCUCCAUGUCUCCCACUGCCAAUUCCUGUUUGCUGGAGGAAAACUUUGACUUCACCACUCUGGACUAUGAGUCAGAGGGGGAUAUUCUCGAAGAUGACGAAGACUAUUUGGUGGAUGAGCUAAGUCAGCCUGUGGUCUCAGACGGUGAGAUGGGCGGGGACAGCCUCUCCGAAGCCCCCAGCUCCACAGCAGCAGUGCCUGCCAGCAAGUCACCUCCGCUCACUAAAAAGAAGCAGCACUCGACCUACAAAGAUGAUGCUGAGCUGGUGGCGCUAAAGCAGGAGCCGGAAGCAGUUGGAGAUUUCCGGCACCGUUCUCCAAGCAGGUCUCUGUCGGUUCCCACUAGGCCUCGGCCACCUCACCCACCGCAGAGACCCCCCCCUCCAACUGGUUUAAUGGUGAAAAAGUCGGCGUCAGACGUGUCCAUCUCCUCCGGCACCCACGGGCAGUACUCGAUUUUGCAGACGGCAAAACUUCUGCCGGGAGCACCCCAGCAGGCGCCCAAAGCCAGGAUGGGGAUAAGUAAACCCUACAAUGUCAAGCAGAUCAAAACUACCAAUGCUCAGGAGGCAGAAGCUGCCAUCCGAUGUCUCCUGGAAGCCAGAGGAGGUGCCCCAGACGAUGCCCUAAAUGCCACAUCCCUGAGGGACCCAGAGCCUUCCAAACCAGAGCCCACGGCAGGGGUGGCCCCGCCCCUGCCCCGGCGGCCUGCGCCCAGAGUCCCCGCCAUCAGGAAGCCAACCUUGCGGAGGACUGGAAAGCCUGAGUCACCGGAAGACCAGUUUGGGCAACAGACGGUCCACUUUAUGAUCGGGCCCCCAGAGACAAGCCUUGAAACCCCCCCUCUAGCAGCCGUUCCUCCCGUUCCCAAACCAAGAACACUUCAGCCUGGGAAGGGUACCGAGAGGAAGCCGAGCGGGGGGCCGCCAGCACCAGACGGUGCCCCUCCCGUGGCCGCCCCGCCGCCCCCGCUGGAGGUUCCGCCGCCCGCGCCCCAGGCGCCCCCGAGGAGGAAGAAGUCGGCCCCCGCCGCCUUCCACCUGCAGGUGCUGCAGAGCUGCGACAGCCGGCUCCUCGCGGCCCUCCCCUGCAGCGGCAGCGACCGUCCCGCCGCACACCCACCCGCCGGGGGCGCUCUCCUUCCACAAGCCGCUGGCCUCGGCGCUUCAUGCGCGGCGAGCCCCGCAACCCCCGGCGCCGGCGCCGGCGCCGAGCAGCCCAAGUCCGAGGUGGCCUCCCUUCUUGGUGAUUUUCAGGAUCCCUUCUGGAGCCUUCUCCACCACCCGAGCCUGUUGAAGAACGCCUGGCUCUCCAAGAGCUCCGACCCGCUGGACUCGGGGACCGGGGGCCUGGAAAGAGCGCGCCCAGCCCCGCCGCAGGGCUCUGCCUCGGCUGCCCAGGGGCUGCCGCCGGGGCGCGUGCCGGAGGACUUCGACCGCUGCCGGACCGGCGGUGAGCGGGACCCCAGGACGGUGCUGCAGGCGUUUGACCCGCUGGCGAAAACCUGA